CAAACCACCACCAAAAUAAUCAAACACACCCAAAAAUGGUGAUUGCAACAAACACAAGAGUCGAAAGCUUAUCAAAAAGUGGGAUUCAUCAAAUCCCAAAAGAAUACAUCCGACCACAAGAUGAACUACCAACCAUCACCAACAUCUUACACGAAAAUAACAACGACGACAAAGGGCCACAGCUCCCCACCAUCGACUUAAACGACAUAAACUCCGGCGACCCAAAAACCCUAGAAAACUGUAGCAACGAGCUGAGAAAAGCAGCAACCGAGUGGGGCGUCAUGCAUCUCGUCAACCAUGGAAUCUCCGACGACCUCAUCGCUCGUGUCAAGGCUGCCGGCGAGAGUUUCUUCUCUCAGCCUGUAGAGGAGAAAGAAAAACAUUGUAACGAUAUUGCUUCAGGGAAGAUUCAAGGGUAUGGAAGUAAAUUGGCGAACAAUGCAUCGGGGCAACUCGAAUGGGAAGACUACUUCUUUCACACUGUGUUUCCCGAGGAUAAACGUGAUUUGACCGUUUGGCCCUCCACGCCCACUGAUUAUAUACCCGCUACCACCGAGUAUGCUAAGCAAAUACGAGCACUCACCACCAAGAUCCUCUCAGUGUUAUCUCUCGGGUUAGGACUAGAGGCAGGGCGUCUAAAGGAGGAAGUCGGAGGGGCGGAUGAGCUACUCCUUCAACUAAAAAUCAACUAUUACCCAAAAUGCCCUCAACCCGAGCUAGCCCUCGGUGUCGAAGCUCACACUGACGUAAGUGCACUCACGUUCAUACUCCACAACAUGGUCCCCGGGCUUCAACUCUUUUAUGGUGGUCAAUGGGUCACUGCAAAAUGCGUCCCCUAUUCCAUUAUAUUGCACAUUGGUGACACCAUUGAGAUACUUAGUAAUGGAAAGUACAAGAGUAUUUUGCAUAGAGCUCUUGUGAAUAAGGAGAAAGUUAGGGUUUCUUGGGCGGUUUUCUGUGAACCGCCCAAGGAUACGAUUAUACUGAAACCACUCCCGGAGACGGUUUCAGAGGCUGAGCCGCCACUCUUUCCGCCACGGACGUUUCAACAACAUAUGGAACAUAAGUUGUUUAAGAAGAAUAGUUGUGUAAUCGAUCCAAAAUGAUAUUUUAUGAUUUGUAUUUUUUUCGUCUAUAUUAAUAAAUUGUGCACUU